AGAAGGCACUUGGGCUCAAUUUUUUCCAGCCCGGGGCCUCCCACCCUGCGUUCGGCAGCACCGCGGAUGCAAACGCGAGCGCGCAGUAACGAUGUUGAUGCGCCCUCGCUUGUGCAUUCUUGGCUGCCUGCUGAUCCCGCACGCCUGCCGGGCAUCCGAGGCGGACGAGACCUGUGACUCGUCGUGGUGCCUCGACUUCAACACGGACUGCCUCGCGGGAGUACGCGCGCAGCCGUGCCCCUGCGAGCGAGGCGUCCCGCGCGUCCUCGACGCGCCCGCGUUCCUCGGCUACGGGCGGCCCCUCUUUCGCUACACGUGCUGCGUGGAGCACGGCGAGGAGAACGCGAGCCAGCCGCCGGCCGUCUUCACGUUCGACAGGGACAUCUGUGGCAAUUACAGCCCCGUGCACAUGAAGGCGUCCUGCGUCUUCGCGGUGCUGCUGUUGGCGGUGGGGGCUCUGGUUCGCGCAGGAGGUCAGCGGAGCCUCUUGGCCAGCGGGCGGCCGCGGCCGAUCGAGACUGCGGCGGGGGAGGAGAGCUUCGAGGAGUCCGUUCCCGUGGUGGACGGGAACCGGCUGCAUUACUGCAUCCCUCCGCGCAAGUGGUGCGUGACACGAAAGGACGUCGAACAAUUCAGACGGCUGGUGCGGCGUGCAGUUCUCGAUGGCCGCAUCCGGCCCACGGAGUCGGACCAGUUCGAUCCGACGGACGACCGGGUGGGGCCUACCGUCCAUACCGUCUGCGAGCAGUACGUCUCCCCCGUAACGUUUACCGCAGGAAGCCCGAGCUGGGCGCUCAUGCUCCACAACGACGGGCUCGACUGCGACAUGUUUGUUUCGCACAGCUGGCAAGAGGGCAUCUAUGAGCUCAUCGACAAGAUGCUGUUCUCCUGGCCUGCUCGUGCACAUAGUGCUUAUCUGUGCUUCCUGUCGAACCCCCAGAACUCGAGCCAGUGCGACUCUCCAAGUCGAGGCACCGUCAGAAUCGACAUCGGGCAUCUCAUAUCGAGCCCAAUCGACUCUCCAUUUGCACACGCGUUACGUUCUGCAACGCAUGUGAUGGUUGUGUCGAACAAACAAGGGAGCAUCUACAGCAGGAUCUGGUGCACUUACGAGGCUUACUUGGCUUACACCAUGGACAAACACAUUUUUCGUGCGUCAAGUCCAGUGCAUGAUUUGUGGCCUCGUGUGGUGUCUCAAUUGGGCUUGUGUAUCGUUAGUCUUGCAAUUGGUGCUUUAUUGUGGAUCCUCUUUGUUUUUCUCAGACUCGAUGAGUUUGGAUAUCCGUUUCUGGCUCUACUAAUUCUUACGAUGCUUAUUUGUAAGAUUGAUUACGUCAUCCAACGCAAGAAGCCGGAAGGCAAUGCUUGCCGCCGUUCUUGUGCUGUAACGGGAGGUGCCGCUAGUAUUUGCAUCGGUUUCAUCAUGCAAAUGGACGCUUCGUUAGUCAAUUUCUUCGGUGUCGUCGUUUGCGUGGCGUAUUCGAUCUGUUUAGAAGCCGACCGUUUAUGGUUGGUCGAAGCCGCCCAGGAGAGAGCCAAUUUGCUCAAGGGCUACACUGGCCAUGUUCGCGACGCACGCUGUUCUGUGCCUGAGGACGGUUCGCAGAUCCGCAGAGAAUUGCGAGAUCAAGAUGCUAAUGUAGACCAUUGUGUGGAAGUUCUGAUUCGCACAGGCCUCUCCAGCAAGCAUUUGCGCAGCGCAGCUCGCAUAGCCGGUGGACUUGGUAAUUGUAGCAAUUGGUAUAUGGCUUCAGUUGUCUCGGCGGUGGGUGCACUUUGGAUUUAUAUGCCUGCUCAUUCGGCUUGGUGGGGCGACGAUUGCACGUCCGAGCAUGACGAAUGCACGCAUGCUUGUCUGACCGCAGCUUACGCGUGCGUCGUGCAAGCAACGAUUUGGUGUGUAUUGUUCAGAUUCGUUUUGGGCCCAGACCGCAGAACAUUUGCAUCGAAGUCCCUUCUACUCAUGUUAGUUGGUGCGGCGAUGUACGUUAUGAUCAGUGCUUGCGCAUAUGUGAUCGCCACCUCUAUCUUCCUCGGUCCUUCCGUGCUGACUCUUACUUUGGCCGGGCCUGCCAAUGUCGCUCGAAUACCGGCUGUUGGCCCCAUAGUGGUGCGUUUCGCCAUCGGCGACCAGAAUAGCUGCAAUCCGUUCGUGCGUCCCGAGGAGCUUCGGGACGAGAGCGCGGCUGCAGAAGUGUAUGGCGCCAGGAGCGAUACAACUGGAACCGAGGACAGCUCGCCGAAAGGCGCUGAGAUCGACAGCCCGAACAGCCAGAUUGAGUAUGUCUGAGUGCGGCCCGGGCGACCGAGCCGCCGACGCAUUCCGCGGAUCGCAGCUGGUUGCGUGUGCAGCUGCCCCACGAGAUAAUCUCGACCUCCCCCGGAGGCUCCCAGAGUUCUGCAGUGGUUC